GAGAUGUGCCAGAUUCUGUGGAAAUUACUUGGAAUUCUUAGUAAUCAGAAUCAACUGAUUUUGUGCAUCACAUUGUUGUAUCAAAUACAUAAUAUAUUCGACAAUAGGUUUUUUGUGGAAAAUAUCAUCUGUCAUUUCCUUACAGUAGAAAAUAUCAAUGUUCAGUAUAUGAAACGGUUUUUCUUACUGUGGCACUUAGGGAGGAAUCUCAAUAUUAAAUUGCCACCAAACAGAUCCAGUAUCAGGAAUUUUGACAGGUGUCUACUAAAAAUUCUGGACAAUCUACAAAACAAGGAUAGACCAAACCUUCAACUCUUGUCAGAAUCUUUUCUAUCACACAGCCUUCUACACAAUGACAUUACAAGAAUAAUAAAUCCCAUUUUUAUGAAAUUGUUAGCAUCCAACACUGCCAGAGUGUCCAUAGUACAUGUGAAUAUUCAAGAUUCCGAUUCACAAAGUGACACUGUAUCGCAGGAUGUCAAAAUAGAAAAUGUACAUUCCAAAAAAGUCUAUGCUGUUAGCAAUGUCGACGGCAAUGUCAUGUAUCAUGUAACUGACAGUCCUAGUCCCAGGCCUACCAAAAAGAAAUGGUUCGCCUUCUCAAAAUCUGAUAAAAAAUAUUCAUCUUCAGUUAUCAACAUGACGACAAGCAUUACCGAAGAUUCAAAUGUUGUUACGAAGAAAAAUAUAGACUUUAAAGGUGUUAACAUGUCUCCCACCUCUGAGAAGGCUCAUAAAAAUGUCAAAUUAUUUAUCAAUCCUUUGAGUUCAAAAGAGGUUUAUCCCAUUGGGUUGAACGGUUCCUAUUCCAAACGGGAAUCUCACUCUUCUUUGGAAAGUUUGUCCUCUUGCAACGAGUAUACACAACUCAGUAACGAAGAAUCUUCGAUUCCCCCUGAACGUGUUAUUGGUGAUAGAGAUUCAGGGUUUGACAGCCUCAAGAACAAAAGUCACCCGGAACUUUCCAAUAUAGUUAAUGGAAAAGAUUUCACACCAACGUAUUUAUUGGAGAGCAUAGAACCAAUUUCUGAUGGAUUCAAAGCUGAUGCAAUCAAUGGACACUUGAUCGGAUCAAAAAUUCCGAAGUCUCAAAGCUUUGAUGAGAAAAUAGGCACUUCAAAAUCUACAGAUAUUGAAAGUUCUUUAGUACAAAGUUGGUCUUACUGCAUUUCUGAUUCUGCCAGCUUGCACGCAACUUGUGAAUUGGAGCUGAGUAAAAGUGCCGAAGAAUUUUUCAAAGUUAAAAAUGAAGAUAGAGCUGUUAUUAAUGAAAUUCUGAACACUAUAAUUGAUAAAGUAUGUUCACAACUGGACGAAACGGACUAUACUCCACAGAGGCCUACAGAUUUAGAUUUGAAGCCAAGAAUCAGUUCUCAGCCACCGAAAAAUAUUGUGUUAUAUCCAAUUCAUUCACAUCUCUGUCUGUAUUAUGAAAUUUUCGACUCGAAUCAGAUCAUUUAUGCCCUUCAAACACUGAAGAACUGUAUUUCAGCAGAACCUCAGUUAUUCAUCAAAUGUUUAGCAACGAGUGGCAUCAACAAUUUAAAAAAUAAUGAAAUUCUGAAUCUUUUGGCAAGACACCGAAAAUCUUCACUUGGGUACGGAUUUGCCGGUGAACUAAGCACUGACCAUAUAAAUUACUACAGAGGAUAUAUGUUUCUUGACGUCAUUAUACAUAUUUGUGUAAACUAUUCAAGAACAUUCUAUCCGUUUAUAGAGGACUCUUCCCUAGUUUCUGAAGAAAUGAAUAAUAAUUUGAAAAUACAGCUGGAAAGCUUAGAGAUUCUCGAUAUAAUUAUGAAGAAGUUAAUAAUAAUGGUGAAGGAAAAUUCUAAGGGCUUCUCUAGUUAUAUAGCGGAUUUGUUGGUGAAGUGCAAACUGCAAAAAAUACUUUUGAACUGCUUAUUAACUUCUGUGAGAAACUUUGAUGAAGACAUGACAUUUGCUGAGGAAAUUCUAGCUUUCAACAACUUCCAGCUUUGUGAUAGUAAGAAUAAAGUUGGGGAACAUGUGGAAGCCUUUCAAAUACAGAUUCUGAGGUUAAUUCAUUCCUUAAUCAUUUUGGAGCACAACGUGUUCCCUGCUAAAUCUACAGAAUCCACUUCUAGUAACGGAGAUCAAUUGAAUAGGCCAAUUGUUGUGAUACCACAGCAGCAAAUUUUUUUAUCAGCCAUAAUGAGCGCUCUACGCCAUCAAAAUAUGAAACACAUACAUGAAAAAUGGCUGCAUCUAGUUACUUCAUGUCUCCCCUACUUUGGCGACAAUCUCAAACAAAUAUCUAUCAGUGUCAUCCACCAAAUUUGCAAUAAUAUUGAAGAAAUCGCUUUGAACUAUAAAUGUACAGAAUUAGAAGACGAGUUAUGUUCGGACUAUGCAGUAAUUCAGCUGGAAGCUUUAACAGUUCUUUGUCAUUAUUGUUUGUUGGAUUCGACUCAAACUGUUAAGCAAAAUAUUCCAGUGAACCCCAGCACUCCAGUUUCUAAUCCGGGAGAAAUAAUUAACAAUCUCUUCAAUGUAUUUUUUCUGCCUUUGAGUGUUGAUAUGAACUUUCCGGCAAAACACAACUCGGAUAACUAUCAGAAUGCGAGAAAAACAAUAUUAAGUCAUAUGCCUAGAAUCAUUUCUAGCGUCGCCAAGCUGUGGCAAACUAUCGUUACUCUGGAUAGUGACUACUGCGGCAUCUACGGAAACUCCAAAGUAGUUGAGCAGCAACUCCUAGAAUUCUUGAGUCCUAUUUCUAUUCAUCAUAGCGCAAGCUUUUUGGCUGCCAUAUCUGUGGCUUGGUAUGAAAGGAGAAAUCCAUUCAGUAGUGUAAAAACUGUGCUUCCUGAACCAAACGUUGGUCAAAUCAACUUGGUACAAUUGAUUCUGGCCAUCAGAGUUAUUCCCCUAGACAAUUUAGUACAAACUGUAACAGCUGUGAUAAAAAACCCUCCUCCCACUGAAGGUCUCAGUUCAGAAAUUUGCCUAGAUGUAUCUGUUCUUGAGCUAUUUUAUUGUUAUAUGAGAAAUGCUUCCUCUACCCAGUUAUUUGAGGCAUGGGGCUCCCUACUGACAUUGAUCAGAGAAGGUUGUUCAUUGUCUCCCCCUGCUCAGUUUUUGCUUGCCGCCCUCCUACACGAAAUAAUGAUAAAGUGUUGCCCACUAGAAGAGAGAAAAGAUCAAAAAGAUCUGCAAGAUGUUACAACGAAAUUGAUAGAUUGUGUUUCACAAGUUUGCGGCUCGUGCUUGGAACAAACCACCUGGUUGAGAAAAAACUAUGCUGUGAAAGAACAAGAUGAAGAGAGCACUCCCGAAGCCAGUAUUCUGAAUGGGAGUACCAGUAGUGAAGUAUUUGUAACCUCUAACCAUAGCGUACAGGCACAAUUAGUUUUAUCAGAAAUUCUAGCUCCAAUUUUAGAUAUAUGCUUUGGUUCGUGUGAAAAGGACAAAGUCAAUGGAAUCCUCACCUCGUUAAUGUGCAACAUAGUUCCUUAUUUAAAAACGCAUACUGUUCGUAAUAUGCCCAGCUUCAGUGCUUGCUCGAAACUAUUAGCAAGCUUGAGUAGCUACCAAUAUACAAGGAAGGCAUGGAGAAAGGAUAUUUUCGACCUAUUGUUCGAUAACACACUUUUUCAAAUGGAUUAUUCUUGUCUGAAAUUCUGGAGGGUGAUUGUAGAUAAUUUGAUGACCCAUGACAAUAUUACAUUUAGGGAUUUGAUGAAUCGUGUUUCGUUGAAUCAGAGUGGGAGUUUAAGUAUAUUCUCAUCAAGGGAACAAGAAUAUGAGCAGAAGGCACAGUUACUGAAGAGACUAGCUUAUGUAAUAUUCUGUAGUGAAAUGGAUCAAUAUGCCAAGUAUAUGCCUGAUAUUCAAGAACAACUUACAAGUAGUCUGAGGCUAAAUGCACCAAAUGUUCAAGCACAAGUGUUCUUUUGUUUUCGAGUAAUAUUAAUGCGAAUGAGUCCCUUACACGUUACUUCCUUAUGGCCGAUCAUCAUAAGUGAAAUGCUGCAGGUAUUUUUACAGAUCGAACAAGAAUUAUCAACGGAUACGGAGGAAUUCAGGACAAACAACAGUUCUCACAUAAAACUAAUGUCGUCUCUUGAUGCAAGCUGGACUACCAAUAGCAGCAAUGGCCUCCACGCCUUGGGCCAUCCACAUUGGCUACGACUUCAGUUGGCAACAGCCAAAUUAUUGGAUCUAUCGUUGCUUUUACCCGCCACAACGCUUCCUCAAUUCCAAAUGUAUCGAUGGGCCUUUGUCGGAGAUGACCUACUUAGACGAGAUGACCCUAUUAACCAAGUCUCGUUUCUUCCACAUGUUGUUCGGAUCGCCGAUCUAAUGGACAGAAAAUAUCCAGACACCCACAUCGAUAUAUUGCCAAUGAAAAGAAAUGAACUACUUUUGACAACCAACAGCAUCACCCAACUAAAAGACUUGCACAGCUUCUUCAAAACUCUCAGCAGUUGUUCAGAUAGACAUAGAACAGAAUGCAGUAGGCUCACCCCGACCGAUUAUGUUUAUUCGGAAAAGCAGCAAGACAAGCAAAUGGACACAAUAUUAGAAAAAGUCGAUAGGGUCAUUGAAAUGGAUUUCCUCGAAAGAAUUCCGAGAUAAAGUAACUUUUGAAUAAUUUCUGUGAAUGUGUUAAUAAUCUUAUUUUCUAGCAUAUUUUCGUGUAUAUAUGUAUAAAUCAUAUUUUGAAGAAAUUCUAUAUUUUCUCGAAAGAAUCAGUAUUAAAUGCGGUGCAUUUCUAAGUUGGAAGGUUGUGAGUAUUUUGUGUUUCUAGAUUGGGUCUAGAUUUCUUAUCAGGUUCAUUAUAUUUAUCUGAAAUCAG